AUGCAAGAGUUCGUCAUCUACGGCCAGCCUACCAAAGGCUUUGUGAGAGAGGCUCAAAUUCCGAAGCCAGGGCCGAAGGAUGUUCUCAUCAAAGUCGCUUAUGCCGGACUGAAUCCAAAGGAUUGGAAGUCUACCAAAAACCGUGACGAAUCAAAUGCAUUCAACGCCGGUGAUGAUGUGGCCGGCACAGUCGAAGCUGUGGGGUCUGAAGUGUUUGAAUACCAACCGGGCGACCGAGUUGCAGGUUUCCACAGAAUGUUCCAGCCUCACGGAACUUAUGCAGAGUACACUGUUGUCCCGGCCUCGACUACUUUCCGCCUGCCCCCCAAUAUUUCCCUCGAAUCAGGCGCCGGGCUUCCCUUGUCCUUCAUGACAGCGGCUCUGGCCUUGUACCAGUAUCUGGGCGUUCCUCUUCCAACCACUGUUGGCGAUGCUAGUCAAAAGACACCCAUUUUGAUUUGGGGCGGAGCAACUGCCGUUGGGGCAUAUGCCCUCCAGCUAGCUAAACUGAGCAAGAUUGGGCCCAUAAUCACUGUUGCUGGGAAUGGAAUCGAUUUUGUCCGAUCCCUGAACGCAGCCGACCAUAUCAUCGACUAUCGAAAGGGGGAUGUGACUCGCCAAAUUCUGGAUGCCGCCGGGUCUACCCAAAUCAAGAUUGCAUUCGACGCAGUCUCUGGUCACGGCAGUUAUGAGCGCAUUACUGAAGUUCUUGUUGCAUCGGGCGGCGGCCACAUCAAUAUGGUGGAUCCUCCAACCGAUGAGAGCUGGAAGUUUCCCGAAACCGUCAAGUUCACUCGCACAUUCGUCUCCUCCGCUUAUCACGUCCCCCACAGUUUCAUCAAUGAGGAGCAAGCAUACGCCGAUGGUGAAUUUGCCUAUUUCUUCUAUCGGUACUUGAGUCAUCUGCUAGCCGAAGGCAAAUUCAGACCACAUCCUGUAGAGAUACUUCCAGACGGCCUGAACAGUAUUCCCGACGGAGUUCAGGCCCUAUUUGAAGGAAAAGUCAGCGCUAAGAAGCUUGUGGCACGCGUUGGGAAAUAA